UUUACUAACAACUAAUAUAUUCGCCGCUUGAUUGCAUUUUUGUAAACUAUAUGCUGCUGUUGCAAGUUACAGAAUUUUGUGUGUAUUUAUUUUAAAAUAUAUUGAUAAUUCUAGCGUUUAUUUAUAUAUGUGACAUAAAAAGUUAAGACAAUAAGGAGGAAUAUAAAUCAAGCACAAAUUGUUUAGUAAAAAUAAUACAAAAAACAUCAUUAACGCACAAAGACGAUGCCAAGCGAAAUAAUUACUCUACAACUUGGUCAAUGCGGCAACCAAAUUGGUUUUGAAUUUUGGAAACGAUUGUGUUUAGAACAUGGCAUAUCACCAAAUGGUGUCCUUGAAGAUUUUAGCGCUGAUGGUUUCGAUCGGAAGGAUGUGUUCUUCUAUCAAGCCGAUGAUGACCACUACAUUCCCAGAGCUGUUUUACUCGAUUUGGAACCGCGUGUUAUACACACAAUUAUGAGUUCACCAUAUGCGAAGCUUUACAAUCCUGAAAAUGUGUACUUAUCAAAACAUGGUGGAGGUGCUGGUAACAAUUGGGCUUCGGGAUAUAGUCAAGGUGAAAAGCUUCAAGAGGAAAUAUUCGAUAUAAUUGAUAGAGAGGCUGAUGGAAGCGAUUCAUUGGAAGGUUUCGUGCUUUGUCAUUCAAUUGCUGGUGGUACUGGAUCUGGUAUGGGCUCUUAUAUUAUGGAACGCUUAGCUGAUCGUUUUCCAAAAAAACUGAUUCAAACUUAUAGUGUAUUUCCAAAUCAAGAUGAAAUCAGUGAUGUUGUUGUUCAACCUUAUAAUUCAAUGUUAACCCUACGUCGCUUGACCACAUCUGCAGAUUGUGUUGUUGUAUUAGAUAAUACUGCGCUGAAUCGCAUUGCUUCUGAUCGCCUUCAUAUUUCAAAUCCAACUUUUACACAAAUAAACUCAUUAGUAUCUACCAUAAUGUCUGUCAGCACAACAACAUUACGUUAUCCUUCAUAUAUGAAUAAUAAUCUCAUUGGACUAACCGCUCCACUUAUACCAACACCGCAAUUACAUUUCUUAAUGACUGGUUAUACACCCUUAACUACAGAUAGUGAUCAAACUGGCAAUAUACGUAAAACCACAGUAUUAGACGUUAUGCGACGCUUAUUGCAACCAAAGAAUAUGAUGGUCUCUACCGGAAUUGAUAAAACAAAUCAUCAUUGCUAUAUAUCGAUACUAAAUAUUAUACAGGGUGAAGUUGAUCCAACACAAGUACACAAAUCGUUGCAACGAAUACGUGAGCGAAAAUUAGCACAAUUUAUACCAUGGGGACCAGCUAGCAUACAAGUUGCUCUUUCUCGCAGUUCUCCGAUCGUGCAGAGCAGCCAUCGCGUUUCCGGAUUGAUGCUUGCAAACCAUACUAGUAUUUGUUCCUUAUUUGAUCGUGCCUUAACGCAAUAUGACAAACUUAAGAAGCGUGGUGCAUUUUUAGACCAGUUCCGACGCGAGGAUAUGUUUAAAGACGAUUUAUCUGAAUUGGAUGAAUCGCGUGAUAUUGUUGACGCCUUGGUUCAGGAAUACGAAGCAGCAACGCAACAAAAUUACUUGCAUUGGUCUGUGAAAAAACGUGUAGCUGAUUAAAGUUCAAAACAAGAUUUUUUACAAAUAUAUAAGCGUAUAUAUUUAUAUAUGCUUGUGUUAUAUAUAUAUAUGCUUAUAUUUAUAAAGACAAAUUUUCUGUUAUCUUAUAUGAUAUGCUGUAAUUUUAAAGAUAAAUGUUUUAAAAGAUUUUAACAUUGUUGCCAUAAAAAUUUGUUCGGUUUAUUCGAAUAAAUUAAGUUACAUAACUUUAAGACUUGUUUUC